CUCUUUUCCGGGGCGGUGCGAAAGAACGCGGGGCCGGCAAGGAGCGGAUCCCGCCGGCGGACGCCUCCCUUGCCCUCGUAGGGGUCAGAUGUGAAGCAGAACUUCUGUAGAGGCUGUUACCAUCUCUGUGUUGAGAAUCAUCAAUCCAAAGAAACGUUGCUGUGUURGUCAGGACUUUAUUGCCAGCACAGAACUUUAAGAAAAUCCAAGAGUCAUUGAGGAUGGAAAAAAAUCUCCAAGUUCAUGGAGUCCAGGUGGGAUGGGACCUCACUGAGCAGCCCCUUUGAGUGAAGAAAUCCCUGCUGAUGUCCAGCCUGAACCUCUCCUGGUGCAAUGCAAGCCAUGUCCGUGUUGCAGAGAAAUGUUGGUCUUCAAGAGCGCUGGAGUUUCUUUGGAGCAGGAACCUGACAUUUCAUACCCAAAUAGCCUAAAAACAGCCUCAGGGUUAUGCAGUCAUUUUAAAAAUGAACCCAUCAAAUGCUUAACACCUGGUACUGGGAGGUCACAGUUGGGUCACCCCUGUCUCUUCUCCAGGCUGAACAAUCCCAAUUUUUCCAGCCUUUCCACAGAGCAGAGCAGAGUUGCUCCAUCCCUCUGAUCAUCUCUGGAUUUCCUCCAASAGGUUCAACUCCUUCCUGUCUGGGAUCCUGGGGCUGCAUGCAGCACUCCAGGUGUUAACRGCAAGUGAGCUCUCUAAGCUACCUCAGAAAGUUUAAAAUUUGUUGUCUAAACAGAGAAAAAAACCAAAAGGAAUGUUGCUAAAAUUACAUCUUAUUUUAUAACCYGGUGGGGAUGGCUGGGGGAGCUGGGACAGUCAAUGGCAUCUCCCACCAGGGGUGAAUAUGCCCCCUCUCCCCUCUUGGGGUCCCUGUGGUGGAUAAAACAAACUGCAGGAAAUGUCAGCAGCAACUGAAUAAACAAUCUGUGUUUGAAUAGGGUUGGCUGAAUAAAUGACUGGUUUGAUGGCAGCCACUGGAGAAGGGCUCUGUCAACACCGGUAACGCUCUGCUGUGUAAAUACAGAGAUUUGGGGUUGCACUAUCAGCACUGGUCAGCUUGGGKGUUUUUCCUGUAUUAAAAGGGAAUAUUAAAGGGGCAGAGUGGAUGCAGGGCAGUUUGGGCAUGGUUGGUGUAGCGGAGCAGCUCAUGUGGGGUUGCCUUUACCUGGUGCCUCACCUUGGUGCAUGUAAUCUGUGUCACAGGAAAGUCACCUCUGGGCUUUUAUAGCCACUGGAAAAUGUGUGUUUGGGAACUUUGGGGACAUGACCCUCGUUUUUGAAACUUAGCUGGAAGGAAAGAAAUGAUCUUUUGUUUUGUUAAGCCAUUAUUAAGUCUACAGGAUGGCCAUUCAAGUAUCACUGCAUAGUCCACAGGAGAUUCUCUGACAGCUAAUUGAAUCAUUCCCUGGAGCAAAUCCACCACUGAGGGCACAGGGAAGGUAARGCUGGCAGAAACCAACAACAAAUGGAUUGAGCAAAUGGAUCAUUCUGCAGGUGACUGGGAUUUAAAGUGGGAAAGACUUUCAAAACAAGGGUGUUUUGCCAUUUAUUUGAAGGGAGCCAGGAUUCCACCUUGAGCUYUUCAGGCCAAGCAGGACCAUGGGCAUAUCCAGGGUGACCUCUUGAAGAAAAUGUGCACUGCAGGGUGGGACAGCUUAGCUGGGAUGCAAAACCCCUGGAGGAAAGAGUUGUGGGGUGCAAAAGCACUGAAUUGGGCUAAAGUGGUCUGUGAUAAUUACCAUCCAACUCUUUUCCUGGUGUAUUUUUUCUCCUUCCUAUAUGGAGGUGAGGAAAAAAUUUUUCUGUGCUCUCAGUCUAACAUGGCUGGGAAAGGGUAGUGUGAACACAAUCAUUCUUUCUGUGCUUGGUACAAGUGUUUUUUAAAACUUUAGCUCUUAUUUUUAGGACUAACGAUACACAGUUCUUUAUUGGCCCUUAAAAAAGUAAAGAUAGAUGGUUGGGGAAUGUGUAGAUAAGUGCUAAUAAUUCUUGGUAAAACCUGUUCUAUAUUCCUCAAAUGCUACAUCUUAAAGCAUCUCAAGCUUUCUCUUAUUUCAAGUUACAUGUUUUGCUGCACUUGUUUUUUUGCUUUAUAUGAAAUCAUUCUCAAAUAUUGCAGUUUGGAAAUGGUUUUCCUGUUGCUGUUUUUUUUGGGUUUUUUUUUUUUCCUUAAUGCUUCCUGUGUGUCAUAAUGUUCAACUACAGAAAUAAUAUUUAAAUAGAUGAAGAGAAUUAACAAUUUCWGUGUCCUCAGUCCUUUGCUGCUGUUGUGCUGUGCCCUUCCUGGUAGAUUGUACAAAGCAGCUCCGAGAAGUGUUUUUCUCUUUAACUGGCUCUUUUUAUGUUCAGAAACACAAGUCUCAGAGCUGAAACUUGCAGAAGGUUUUGAAGGCAGCCAAGAAGGAACUUAAUGGCUCUCCUGGAUGUUGUUCAGAAAUCACUCCCCUUAAACUGCUGCGUGUAAGGCCCCCACAAGCCAUUUCCAGGGAAGUCGAAGGACUGGCAGUGAAUGGAGGAGGACACUUUUUGCUAGAGAUUCAACUUGUCUAAAGAUACCAAGUGCUCGGGAUAAUCCAGGCAGAACGGGAUCGCCAUGUUUCGAAACAGCCUCAAGAUGCUUCUCACGGGAGGGAAGUCCAACCGCAAAAACAGGUCCAGUGAUGGAGGGAACGAGGAGCCACCAGACCGAAGACAGGCAAGUGUAGACUCCCGUCAGAGCCGAGCUGGGCAAGGCACCUCCACAGAGAACGACUGUGCUUUUGAACCCGACUACGCAAUUCCGCCGCUCGCAGUGACCGAAGGUAUGCAGCACAUUCGGAUUAUGGAGGGCAUGUCCCGCUCCCUUCCAUCCUCCCCCUUACUCACACAUCAGUCUAUCAGUGUUCGGCUCCAACCUGUGAAGAAGUUAACUGCCCCUCUGAGGAAAGCAAAGUUUGUUGAGAGCCCUCGAAUCCCAGAAUCUGAGCUUGGCUCCCCAACCCUGUCUGCCCAGAAGUUGGACGUUGAUGCAUUCUGCCCUGGUGACACUGAGCAGGAGCUGGGACCCCCUCCAUCCGUAGAUGAGGCAGCAAACACACUCAUGACUCGCCUGGGCUUCCUCCUGGGAGAGAAAGUCACAGAGGUUCAACCAGGACCCCAGUACAGCAUGGAGGUGCAGGAUGAGAACCAGAGCUCAGCGGUCACCCAGCGGAUCAGCCCCUGCUCCACACUGACCAGCAGCACGGCCUCACCUCCAGCCAGCAGCCCCUGCUCCACCCUGCCCCCCGUCAGCACCAGCGUCACGGCCAAGGACUGCACCUACGGGGCCGUCACCAGCCCCACAUCCACGCUGGAGAGUCGUGACAGCGGCAUCAUCGCUACUCUGACGAGUUACUCUGAAAAUGUGGAACGGACGAAAUACGGAGGGGAGAGCAGCAAAGAGCUGGGGUCUGGAGGAAACCUGAAACCUUGGCAAUCUCAGAAAUCCAGCAUGGACUCGUGUUUGUACCGCGUGGACGAGAACAUGACAGCCUCCACCUACAGCCUCAACAAAAUCCCCGAGAGGAACCUGGACACCGUCCUGUCCCAGUCGGUGCAGUCCAUUCCUCUUUACCUGAUGCCACGGCCAAAUUCAGUAGCAGGUAGGAAAUUCAUCUUUUUUUUUUGCCUUGAGGUCACAGCACAUGAGUGUCACAGCCUUUCUUGUGUUUCCUUGCCUGAGAAGAAGUCUCCUUUCUGGCCUCGUCAUUCUUUUCGCUUCGCACCCUACAGACCCCCCGACAUCUCCCUGAAGCCUCUGCUCUUCGAGGUGCCCAGCAUCACCACCGAGUCGGUGUUUGUGGGGAGGGACUGGGUGUUCCACGAGAUCGAYGCGCAGCUGCAGAGCUCCAACGCCAGCGUCAACCGCGGCGUGGUGAUCGUGGGCAACAUCGGCUUCGGGAAAACGGCCAUCAUCUCCAGGCUGGUGGCACUCAGCUGCCACGGCACCAGGAUGAGACAGAUCGCCUCCGACAGCCCGCACGCCUCGCCAAAACAUGUUGAUGCCAACCGAGAGCUGCCCCUGAGCCAAGCACCCUCUGCCCACCCAUCCAUCACCAGCGGGAGCUGCCCGGGGACCCCCGAGAUGCGCCGGCGCCAGGAGGAGGCMAUGAGGAGAUUGGCCUCACAGGUGGUCGCUUACCACUACUGCCAGGCUGACAACGCCUACACGUGCCUGGUGCCCGAGUUUGUGCACAAYGUGGCCGCGCUGCUGUGCCGCUCGCCGCAGUUCGUGUCCUACCGGGAGCAGCUGCUGCGUGAGCCGCACCUGCAGAGCCUGCUCAGCCUGCGCUCCUGUGUGCAGGACCCCAUGGCCUCCUUCCGCAGGGGCGUGCUGGAGCCGCUGGAGAACCUGCACAAAGAGAGGAAGAUCCCUGAUGAAGAUUUCAUUAUAUUAAUUGAUGGUUUAAACGAGGCUGAAUUUCACAAGCCAGAUUAUGGAGACACCAUAGUAUCAUUCCUGAGCAAAAUGAUUGGAAAAUUCCCUUCCUGGCUGAAGUUGGUAGUGACAGUCAGGACAAGCCUCCAGGAAAUAAUUAAGCUGUUGCCCUUCCACAGAAUAUUUUUGGAUAGACUGGAAGAGAACGAAGCCAUCGACCAGGACCUGCAGGCAUACAUCCUUCAUCGGAUCCACAGCAGCUCGGAGAUCCAGAACAACAUCUCKCUCAACGGCAAAAUGGACAACACCACGUUCGGCAAACUCAGCUCUCACCUCAAGACCUUGAGCCAAGGCUCCUACCUGUACCUAAAACUCACUUUUGAUCUGAUAGAGAAAGGAUACCUGGUUCUAAAAAGCUCCAGCUACAAAGUGGUGCCAGUGUCCCUGUCUGAAGUGUACCUGUUGCAGUGCAAUAUGAAGUUCCCAACGCAGUCUUCCUUUGAUCGGGUCAUGCCUCUUUUGAACGUGGCAGUGGCUUCUCUGCACCCUUUAACAGAUGAACAUAUUUUUCAGGCCAUUAAUGCAGGUAACAUUGAGGGCACUUUGGAGUGGGAGGACUUUCAGCAGAGGAUGGAGAACCUUUCUAUGUUUCUUAUCAAACGUAGAGACAUGACGCGAAUGUUUGUUCAUCCCUCUUUCCGAGAAUGGCUUAUUUGGAGAGAAGAAGGUGAAAAGACCAAGUUUCUUUGUGAUCCAAGGAGUGGCCACACACUGCUUGCCUUCUGGUUUUCCCGACAAGAAGGAAAAUUAAAUCGGCAGCAAACCAUUGAACUGGGGCAUCACAUUCUCAAAGCACAUAUUUUUAAGGGUCUGAGUAAAAAAGUUGGGGUGUCUUCCUCCAUCCUGCAAGGGCUUUGGAUYUCCUACAGUACUGAAGGUCUUUCAAUGGCUUUGGCAUCCCUGAGGAAUCUCUACACCCCAAAUAUAAAGGUCAGCCGGCUGCUGAUUUUAGGAGGAGCAAACGUGAAUUACCGGACGGAGGUUUUGAAUAAUGCCCCCAUCCUGUGUGUCCAGUCUCACCUGGGCUAUGCUGAGAUGGUGGCUUUGCUCCUGGAAUUUGGGGCCAACGUUGAUGCUGCUUCAGAGAGUGGCCUGACCCCGCUGGGCUAUGCAGCUGCUGCUGGAUUCCUGAGCAUUGUGAUGCUGCUGUGCAAAAAAAGGGCCAAGGUGGAUCAUCUGGACAAGAACGGGCAGUGUGCCCUGGUGCACGCCGCUCUCAGGGGACACUUGGAGGUGGUGAAAUUCCUGAUCCAGUGUGAUUGGAGCAUGGCUGGGCAGCAGCAGGGGGUGUUCAAGAAGAGCCACGCCAUCCAGCAAGCCCUGAUUGCUGCUGCCAGCAUGGGCUACACCGAGAUCGUCUCCUACCUGCUCGAUCUGCCCGAAAAAGAUGAGGAGGAGGUGGAGAGAGCACAGAUCAACAGCUUUGACAGCCUUUGGGGAGAGACAGCUCUGACAGCAGCAGCAGGGCGCGGGAAGCUGGAGGUGUGCAGGCUGCUCCUGGAGCAGGGCGCCGCUGUGGCUCAACCCAACCGCCGCGGGGUCGUGCCGCUCUUCAGCGCCGUCAGGCAGGGCCACUGGCAGAUCGUGGAUCUCCUGCUCACACACGGCGCCGAUGUGAACAUGGCAGACAAGCAGGGCCGGACACCGCUGAUGAUGGCAGCGUCWGAGGGACACUUGGGCACCGUGGAGUUCCUGCUUGCACAAGGUGCCUCCAUUUCUCUGAUGGACAAAGAGGGUUUGACCGCCCUGAGCUGGGCUUGCCUCAAGGGCCACCUGCCCGUGGUGCGCUCGCUGGUGGAGAACGGCGCUGCCACCGACCACGCGGACAAGAACGGCCGCACGCCGCUGGACCUGGCAGCGUUCUACGGCGAUGCCGAGGUGGUUCAGUUCCUGGUGGACCACGGGGCCAUGAUCGAGCACGUGGACUACAGCGGGAUGCGGCCCCUGGACAGAGCCGUGGGCUGCCGYAACACCUCGGUCGUGGUCACCCUGCUGAAGAAAGGAGCCAAGAUAGGUCCAGCAACAUGGGCAAUGGCAACCUCCAAACCAGACAUCAUGAUCAUCCUGUUGAGCAAGCUGAUGGAGGAGGGAGACAUGUUUUAUAAGAAAGGUAAAGUGAAAGAGGCUGCCCAGCGCUACCAAUACGCUCUGAAAAAAUUCCCCAGAGAAGGGUUUGGAGAAGACCUGAAAACCUUCCGUGAGCUGAAAGUGUCCCUGCUUCUCAACCUCUCCCGGUGUCGAAGGAAAAUGAAUGAUUUUGGAAUGGCGGAGGAAUUUGCCACUAAAGCGCUGGAGCUGAAACCGAAAUCUUACGAAGCUUACUAUGCAAGAGCAAGGGCCAAACGCAGCAGCAGGCAGUUUUCAGCAGCCCUGGAGGACCUGAACGAGGCCAUCAAGCUGUGUCCCAACAACCGAGAGAUCCAGCGGCUGCUGCUGCGGGUGGAGGAGGAGUGCAGGCAGGUGCAACAACAACAGCAGCAGCAACAACAACAACAACAACAGCCGCCAGCAGCACCAGUGCCAGCAGAGCCAGAGCCAGAACCCCAACACGAAGAGCUGUACUCUGUGCAAGAUCUCUUUGAGGAGGAAUACCUCGAGCAGGACGUGGAGAACGUUUCCAUCGGGCUGCAGACGGAGUCCAGGCCCAACCAAGGGCUGCCCAUCAUCCAGAGCCCGCCGCCAUCUCCAGCUCACAGGGACUCAGCUUACAUCUCUGGUUCUCCUCUGGGCUCUCAUCAGGUGUUUGAUUUCAGGUCCAACAGCUCCGUGGGCUCCCCGACGAGGCAGGGCUACCAGUCCACRUCUCCCGCUCUGUCUCCCACGCACCAAAACUCCCAUUACAGGCCCAGUCCUCCUCACACGUCCCCAGCCCACCAGGGCUCCACUUACCGCUUCAGCCCYCCUCCCGUGGGCAGCCAAGGGAAGGAAUACCAGAGCCCCCCGCCCUCUCCCCUUCGCAGGGGCCCCCAAUACCGUGCCAGUCCCCCCGCAGAGAGCAUGAGCGUUUACCGGUCACAGUCGGGCUCGCCGGUGCGGUACCAGCAGGAGCCCGGMGCGGUCACUCAGCUGCCCGGCCGGCCCAAGUCGCCGCUGUCCAAAAUGACACAGAGAUCCUUCCAGAUGCCCCAGCUGCCCGUGGCCAUGCCCCAGCAGGGGCUCAGGCUGCAGCCGGCCAAGGCGCAGAUCGUCAGGAGCAACCAGCCCAGCUCCGCCGUCCAUUCCAGCACCGUCAUCCCUUCUGGUGCCUACAGCCAGGUGGCUCACUCGAUGGCCAGCAAGUACCAGUCGUCCUCGGGGGAUGUUGGGGUCAGCCAGAGCAGGCUGGUCUACCAGGGCUCCAUUGGGGGCAUCGUGGGUGACAGCAGGCCGGUGCAGCACGUGCAGGCCAGUCUCAGCGCCGGGGCCAUCUGUCAGCACGGAGGGUUGGCCAAAGAAGACCUUCCACAGAGGCCAUCUUCRGCCUACAGAGGGGGGAUGAGGUACAGCCAGACGCCGCAGAUCGGGAGGAGCCAGUCGGCCUCCUACUACCCGGUGUGCCACUCCAAGCUGGACCUGGAGCGUUCCUCCCUCCCCGCCAACCAGCUGGGCUCUCCGGACGUGUCUCAUCUCAUAAGAAGGCCCAUCACGGUCAAUCCCAGCGAAAUCAAGCCUCACCCGCCGACUCCGAGGCCUCUGCUCCACUCUCAGAGCGUUGGCCUCCGCUUCUCCCCUUCCAGCAAUAGCAUCUCGUCCACCUCCAACCUGACUCCCAAUUUCCGCCCCUCUGCUUCCAUCCAGCAGAUGGAGAUUCCCCUCAAGCCGGCCUACGACAGAUCGUGCGAUGAGCUGUCCCCGGUGUCGCCCACGCAGGGGGGCUAUCCCAGCGAGCCAGCCCGCUCCCGGACCACRCCGUUCAUGGGAAUCAUCGAUAAAACCGCUCGGACUCAGCAGUACCCCCACCUCCAUCAGCAGAACCGGACCUGGGCCGUGUCGUCAGUGGACACCGUCAUCAGUCCCACAUCUCCUGGCAAUCUGCCCCAGCCGGAAUCCUUCAGCCCGCCCUCUUCAAUCAGCAACAUUGCCUUUUAUAACAAAACCAACAAUGCACAGAAUGGCCAUUUGCUAGAGGAAGACUAUUACAGCCCCCAUGGCAUGCUGGCCAAUGGGUCCCGGGGAGACCUCCUGGAGAGAGUCACCCAAGCCUCCUCGUACCCCGACGUCAAGGUGGCAAGGACGCUGCCCGUGGCGCAGGCCUACCAGGAUAACCUGUACAGGCAGCUCUCCAGGGACUCCAGGCAAGGGCAGACGUCCCCAAUCAAACCAAAGAGACCAUUUGUGGAGUCUAAUGUGUAAAAGACGCUUGUUGGAGUGAGACCCUCAUGUUUUCAGCACACACUUCCAAGCUUGAUUUCCAUGCAUAUUAUUAUUAUUAUUAUAAUAAUUAUUAUUAUUAUUAUUAUUAUUUUUAUUUCUCUUCGGUAGCUACAUGACCAAGUUUCUCCGGUACUUUAUGUGGUGGUCAGACAGCCAUGCACGUGCUCCAGCCCUUCCAGUUCCCCAGCUGACCGUGAAGCCAACAUCAGCCGAGCCAGUAUCGUUUUGCCCAAUUCCAGCAAAGUUCCAACCAGGAUAUCUCUUUAGUCCGUGGUGCGGGGUGGUUCCAGAGAUAUCCCUACGCAGCAGGAGGUAACCAGCUCUUUUUCAAGAGACAAUUGCCUUGGAUUGAAAUGGGUUGAUUUUGUCUCGGGCAGCUCUUGCUCACCUCUGAUGGGAAUUCCUAAGGAAUUCCGCCGGAGCCGCUCCCAAGGCUGCACCCACGGGUCCCAGGUCGUUUGGCUCUUUGCCCCCAAAGAGCAGAUGACCCUCGGUGAUGUGAUUUAACACCAGUAGCUAUGCACAGCACCCACAGCACCCAUCCAGAUCCUGCUGGUUUACAGCGUUUUCUUUCCUUGUUUAACUGUCGUCAGCCACAAGGGGUGGGGAUCACUCAGCACUUUGCUGCUUUCCAGGUACCUGCCAGGUGCCCCCACRCUGAUUUCUUUGCUCUGGGGCAUUUUACAAGCGUUGAGGGAUUAAGGUUGGCCCUUCCUUACGUGUUUUAAUCAGCCAAGGGAAUUAUCCAGGAACCUCUUGCACAUGAACUGGGAUUGCACUAACUUCUUCACACUGUUGGCARUCUGCAUCUCACUCACAGCGUUUGCACGGGGCAAGUUAGUGUUGUCUGGGGAGGGGGAUUUAUCACCUGCAAGGAAAAGCAAAAAUCUGACUUAAAAAACGGCAUUCAAGGAGGAAAAUUGCAAUUUUUAAGGGUUUUUUCACAUUUUUUUAUGAUGAGGAUGCAGAGCAUGGCAUGG